AUGACUGCACAAUUGCUGAGGGCGUGUUACAUCGUUCAUGGCACCAACUUCCAAGUGUCGAAGAGGUACACAGUCCUCGAGCAAGUGGGCCAGGGUGCCUACGGCAUUGUCUGCGCUGCGCAGGACGAGGAGACCCAGGAGUCGGUCGCAGUGAAGAAGAUUGAGAAUGCGCCACUUGGCGAGGAAUUCACGAAGCGAACUCUGCGCGAGCUGCGGAUUCUCCGGCACCUGCAGCACGAGAAUUUGAUCGAUGUGAGGAACAUAUUCCUGGCUGGAUCAAAGGAUGACUUCGAGGACAUCUACGUUAUCUCAGAGCUCAUGGAAACCGACUUGGCAUCGAUACUGAAGUCGACACAGCCACUGACCGACGAUCACUGCCAGUUCUUCCUCUACCAGAUCCUGCGUGGAAUGAAGUAUGUUCAUUCUGCACAGGUCAUUCACAGAGAUCUCAAGCCGCGAAACUUGCUGGUCAACGGCAACUGUGACCUGAAGAUCUGUGACUUCGGCCUGGCAAGGGUGAGUUUCUCGAAGGAGUUUCAGACCUGUCCGAUGACAGAAUACGUUUGUACACGUUGGUAUCGGGCUCCAGAGGUCUUGUGUUCCUGGGUGGACUACACCACAGCGAUUGACAUCUGGUCAAUUGGCUGCAUCUUUGCCGAGAUGCUGGAACGCAAGCCUCUUUUCCCGGGGCACAACACGCAGCACCAGCUGCAGUCGAUCAUCUCCUUCCUUGGGAAGCCCAGUGCUGAGGAGCUCAACAAGAUCAAGAACGAGAAGUGCAGGCGCUUCAUCGAGUCGCUACCGGCCACAACCGCGCAGAGCUUGCAGGAGGUAUUCCCGAACGCCAACCCCAGUGCCAUGGAGUUCCUCAGUGCGACCCUGCGCUUCGACCCAGAGCAGCGGGUGGCCGUCACCGAGGCACUUACGCUAUCUUACGUCUCGCAGCUGUACUGCCCGGAGGACGAGCCCGUUCGAGGGCCCCUCGACACCUCGGACUUCGAGUUCGAGCGACGGAAGAUAAACAUCAAGGCACUCCGCGAGGAGCUGUGGCUUGAAGUUCUGCACUACUACCCGGACCAGCGGGAGCGCUACCUGGAUCAGCAACUGCAGAUGGGAGAAGAGUACAACGUUUCCUCCUAUCGGCUGCUUGCUCCUGGCGAGCCCCAAUACUCUUCAGACGAGGAGGAGGAGCAAGCACCUCAAUAG